GUGGAAAGACGUUCGCAGUGCAUGAUGGGAGGAUGUGUUUUUGUCGCAGAAAACUUGGGCAGCCAUCUUGCGGAACACAAGCAAGCAGGAAGAGCUGAUAGAAGAUUUGAACACAGUUUCAAUUUAAGUAUCAUUUAUUUUUAGGCAUAGGGGACGUGAAGGAAGGGCAUUUAAGAACUUUCUGAGCCGCAGUUUUCCUACCCAGCCUUUCUUUGGUAAAAUUUCCAUCUUUAACUCCCCCCGGUCCUGGGUUGGGUGGCUGUCCCCACGGGAUUUGCUUCGCCACGGCAGGAGAGCGGGGCGCCCGGCGGGGCGGGGGGGACAGCGUGACAUCCAACAGCGUUGGUUUUAGUUUUAGGCGCCGCAUUCGAGGGAAGAGGAGAAACGACAGAUCGUUGCGGAAUAGUACCGACAGAAGCAUGGAGGCGGAGAGAGGGGAACAGAAUAAAGAAGGUGAAGUGAAUGUUUUGGAUGAUAUUUUAACUGAAGCACCAGAUCAAGAUGAUGAAUUAUACAACCCUGAAAGUGAACAAGAUGUAAAUGAAAAAAAAGGUUCCAAAAGAAAAAGUGGCAGAAUUGAUAUGACUGAAAAUAAGAGACAAAAGCCAUCUUCACAUAUGAGCAGACAACCUCCUCAAAGAGUAGCAUCUGGGGCUAACAAGAAGGUUAUCAGCACCAAAGGGAAACCAGUUACAGAAUACAAGUGUGAUGACUUUCACAGGCAAGACCGGAACAGAAAGUCUGAUGGGGAUAGAAGGAUCCGAUCUUCUAGCGGCACUGUAAGAGACAAUUAUAAAGUGCCACAAGAUAAAAUCAGUCUUAGAAAGAGAGAGUCUGACAGAUCUGAUAGGCGACCUAAAUCAAGUACACCUGAUAUAGCUUCUGAGAAAAUAAGACCUGAUACAAGCAGACGCCAGAGCAGAUCCAGCCAUUCUUCAAAUGAAGGCAAUUCUGAUGAUUAUGGGUCUGAUAGGGAAACUGGCAGCAGUGAAUCAUCAGAUGAAGAACAAGGCAAUAACAGUGAGAAUGAUGAAGAAGGGAUGGAGGAGGAGGAAGAAGAUGAUGAGGGUGAGGAAGCUGAAGAAGGGGAGGAAGAGUAUGAUCGUGAUGAACAUGCUCGAGACCAGAGAGAUGGAAAUGAUUAUGAUACUCGUAGCGAGGCAAGCGACUCUGAAUCAGAUUCUGCCUCUUUCACUGAUGGGGAUUCUGUUAGAUCUGGUUCAGGAUCUGACAUUUCAGAUCAAAAAAAGAAGGAAAGGAAAAGGGCUAGAGGUAUAUCUCCAAUUGUGUUUGAUAGAAGUGGAAGUUCUGCAUCAGACUCUUAUGCAGGUUCAGAAAAGAAGCACGAAAAAUUGCCCUCUUCUGUUCGUGAUGUUCGAAAAGAACGCACCAACAAAAUUAGAUAUAUACUGCAAGAAGCCAGAUUCUUUCUUAUCAAGAGUAACAACCACGAGAAUGUUUCUUUGGCCAAGGCAAAGGGUGUUUGGUCAACUUUACCAGUUAACGAAAAGAAGUUAAAUGCAGCUUUCCGAUCUGCAAGGAGUGUUAUUCUGGUGUUUUCAGUUCGAGAGAGUGGAAAAUUUCAAGGAUUCGCUAGGCUGUCCUCUGAGUCACAUCAUGGCGGGUCACCUAUUCAUUGGGUGCUGCCUGCCGGAAUGAAUGCAAAGAUGCUUGGGGGAGUCUUUAAAAUAGAUUGGAUUUGCAGGAGAGAACUAUCAUUCACCAAAUGUGUUCAUCUAACCAACCCCUGGAAUGAACAUAAACCUGUAAAGAUUGGACGUGAUGGUCAGGAAAUCGAACCUGAUUGUGGAACCCAGCUCUGCCUUCUAUUCUCAGCGGAUGAUUCCAUUGACUUGUAUCAAGUCAUUCAUAAAAUGAGGCAUAAGAGACGAAUGAAUUCACAACCCAGAUCGCGAGGAAGACCAUCUCGCCGUGAGGCAACACGAGAAGUGGGAAGGCGUCAACCAGAAGAGUAUGAUAUUCAUAACAGAAAGAAACCAAGGAUUGACUAUCCUCCUGAGUUCCACCAGCGCCCAGGUUUUGUCAAGGAUCCACGUUAUCAAGAAGUUGACAGAUUCACUGGUGUUCGGAGAGAUGUUUUUUUAAAUGGGCAACCGUAUCCAGCUAUUGAGCAGGCUCCUCAUCAUCCUUACUAUCAGCAUCAUGCACCGCCACCUCAAGCACAUCCACAGUUCUCAGGUCAUCAUCCUGUUCAACAUGAUGCAAGAUAUCGGGAUAAACGGGUUCAUGACUAUGAUAUGAGAGUGGAUGAUUUUCUUCGACGAACGCAAGCUGUGGUGAGUGGAAGAAGAAGCCGACCCAGAGAGCGUGAAAGAGAGCGAGAAAGGGAACGUCCCAGAGACAACCGACGGGACAGAGGCCGUGAUCGUGAUAGAGAUCGUGACAGAGACAGGAUGCGCGAUAGGGACAGAGGGGACAGAGGAGAUAGGGGCAGAUACAGGAGAUAAAUUUCCUGGCCAGCACUGGUUAUGUCCUUUAUGAACUUUAGCUUGAUAUUAUCUCCUUAUGCGUUUACAAAAUAGUGACAUUUCUGUUCAAUCUGUCGAAAGCUUAGAGAAUACUGCUCCUUUUAUAUCAUUUGAUCCUCUGUUGUGCAUGUGCGUAUAAACUGGAGAAAUAUUAAAAAAAAAAAAAAAAAAAAAGAUGCUAAUUAAAAAGCCCAUACAAGUGCAAAGAAAGCCUAAACAGUCUUUGGUUAAGUGUUUAUCUCACAGGUAUUUCAUACCAGCGUUUUUGUUUAUUACACCACGGGCCGUAUCCGGUAUACCCUGGUUUCAAAGGCCUCUGAUAAAAAAUUGGUUUGUCAUUAACUGCCUUCACACAUUUCCCUUUUACUUUGAAGUUAGUGAGGAAUCUGUGAUUAUAAUGCUGCUAUGAAGUAUGCAAAUUCUGAAGUUUCGGCUGAUGAACAUAUUGUAGACACAAUUCUCUCCUUUUAUCCUAGUACUAUUUGGCAAUGAUGAAAGCACGUUGCCAAGUUUUUUUUAACACUUGUUUCUCUAAAAAUUUGAAACUCUUCACUCGUCGCAGUUGCUGACUUGUGGAGAACGAAAAUAACUUAUGUGCUAGAAAAAAUAUUUUGACCAUGUUUUCUCCUCCUAUCAUUUUGUACCUGGCUGAUAACAAUGUAAUUUAAUUUGUUACUGCAGUGGUUUUUUUAAGCCAUAUGCUAGCAGUUAAGGUAUGUCCUCUGCUACAAAUGCACCUCUUAUUUUGUGUAGUCUUGUACCAUUAUGCGUUAUUUUGUGCAGUUUUAUAAUAAAAGCCACUGUGAAAUUA